ACUGCAUUCUGAUUCUGCCGAGAGUGGGGAGAAAAUGGAGUCUUCUUAUGCUAUUCCCUAUGAAAUCUCCGUAACGGAUGAAAACGGGAUUUAAAUUACUCUGCCGUGGGUUUAUAAUCACGUAGAAAUCAAGGCAGGUCGGAGUCUAUGGGUUGUUGAAACUUUUCUUGGAUUUAUAUUCUUCUUCCACUUCCCUCACAUGGCAAAGAUGUGCACCAGGCUGGCAUGGAGCAAGGCCGUCCUUCUGACCCCCCACAAGACCUGGGACGAGGGGGAACGUGACCCGUAAACUGGGGUCGUGGCGAUGGCAUCCGAGUAGCUUAGCUUAGCGUAGGUUUAGCGUAGCAUUUAGACUAGUGUUUUUUUUUAGGACCACAGAACUUGCCAGGAUAGGCAUCAACAGAGAGUGAGCCAUCAGGACUUGAGCUCCAAUCUUCUUCGCAGAUCUAUCCCACCACUGUGUGUGUGAAUGUGUUAUCUAUUUAGGUCAGACAGUUCAAAAGCCCAGCUGAGAGAGACGGUGCUUGUGUGUGUGUGUUUGGGAUUUGCAGAGGUAUUUUAUGAAGGUAUGUGCCUGGAUGUGUUUGUGUGUGGCGAAUAUGUUUGUGAGGUGUGCGGGUGAGUAAGGAAAAAGUGUGUGUGUGUGUGUGUGUGUUUGUUUGCUUUGCGAGGCGAACGUGUUCUCACUUGACUCGCAAGAGCAUCCACACUGGUGGCACUCUCGCCGAUCGGGCUAGAUCAGGCUAGCACUUCUAGCGACUUCUAGCAACUUCUACCACCACAUCCAAAGACUAUGAGGCCCAAGACCUUCCCUGCGGCGCCGUACGUGGGCAACACGCGGCAGCGCCUGCAGGAGAUCAAGGAGGGCCUGAAGCAGCCGGCCAAGCUGGUCAGCCAGGCGCUGCACGGGGGCAGCUCGCGGGGCGAGGGGGGCCGCGGGGCCGACUGCAAGGGGGGCAAGGACAGCAAGGACCCCGGGGGCAGGCAGCAGCAGAUGCGGCCGCCGCAGAAGUUCAACAACUACCAGAACGCGCUGCGCGAGAUCCGCAAGUCCCUCAUGCCCUUCGCCAACGAGUCCGGCACCGGCACCGGCGGCGGCCACCCCGGCGGGGACGUCAACCGGCAGAUGCUGCAGGAUCUAGUCAACGCAGGCUGUGACCAGGAAAUGGCCGUGCGUGCGCUGAAGCAAACAGGAAGCCGAAACAUUGAAGCGGCUCUGGAGUACAUCAGUAAGAUGGGCUACCUGGACCCUCGCAACGAGCGCAUCGUCCACGUCAUCAAGCAAACCUCCCCGGGAAAAGGAGGUAUGCCAAACUCAAUGGACCACCGGCCAUCAAUUGAGGGUAACAGUGACGGUGCCAUGCCUCCUUAUCACCAGAUGGGGGCGCCAAUGUAUGAGGGGGCACCUUACGGACCAGAGGGUGACAUGGCCCGGCCUUACAUGGGUGGCCCUCCCGUCAUGAACUACAUGAUGCCCCCAUCCGGCUCUGCCCAGGGCUCGGCCAUGGUCAACCCCAUGGGGCGUCCGCCCAGCAUGGGGGCGUAUCCUCCUGGCAUGCCCCCUCAGAGCGGCCCGGGGAACCCCAUGUACCCGCCGGGCCCUGCCCAGCAGAAGCCGUACCCCGGCAGCAUGGAGCCGGCCAUGAUGGGCUACGCCGUGUCCGGCCAGCCGCUGCAGAUCCAGCCCCAGCCACCGGGGGCGCCGGGCCCGGCCCCGCACUACGACUACGGCCACGGCCGGCCCCACAUGAUGGAGUCGUCGGGCUACCCCGUGCAGCGGAGCGCCUCGUUCCAGAACAAGAUGCCCAUCGCGCCGCCGGACAACUACGUCAACAUGCAGGGCAAAGGGCCCAUGGGCGGCCAGAACGGCCAGUACCCGGGCAACCUCUACCUGCAGACGCACGCCCACCCGCGCCAGUCCAGCCCGACCUCGCACCAGGUGCACAUGAUGUCCCGCUCGCCCGGGGGCGCGGCCGCGGGCGGCGGCGGCGGCGCCAUGGGCCCGGACUUCUCGGACAUCCCCCAGAGCCUGCUGACGCCCUCGCGGGCCAGCCUGAACCUGGACCUGUACGAGCACAUGUGGAGCGGAGCAGCGGGACCGGACGGAGGGGGCGCCCCGCCUCAGCCCCGCCAGCCCCAGCCUCAGGGGCCCUUCCGGGGGGAGGUGCGCGUGCCCAGCCGCACCAACUCCUUCAACAACCACCAGAAGGUGAACGUCAGGCAGGCCAUGCCCGCGCCGGGCGGCGGCGGCGUCGCCGGCGGCGGGAAGCAGGACCCCGGCAUGCCGCCCCCCAACACCAUCACCGCCGUCACCUCUCCGCCCAUCCAGCAGCCGGUGAAGAGCAUCCGGGUGAUGCGGCCCGAGCCCAAGACGGCCGUGGGUCCGUGCCACCCCAGCUGGCUGGCCUCCCAGAACCAGGACGGGCCCGAGGCGCACGGGUACAUGACGGAGGAGCAGUACGCCCGGGAGUCCGCCCAGGAGCCCCGGUGCCCGCCUCCGCCGUACCCCAAAACCCUGCUCGCGUCCGGGGCCGGCUCCGAGCAGGCGUCCCUGGACGGAGCAGGCAUGUGCGGAGCCCCCGAGCUCCCUGCCCAGGGCGGCCGGGCCAUCCAGAGCGGACCUCCCGCGCCGGAGGAGACCCACGCCAAAGAGAAGGGCAAGAAGGGCGAGAAGGCCGUGAAGGACAAGAAGCAGAUCCAGACCUCGCCGGUGCCCGUGAGAAAGAAUGCCCGCGACGAGGAGAAGCGGGAGUCGCGCAUCAAGAGCUACUCGCCCUUCGCCUUCAAGUUCUACAUGGAGCAGCACGUGGAGAACGUGAUGAAGACGUACCAGCAGAAGCUCAACCGCAGACUGCAGCUGGAGCAGGAGAUGUCCAAGGCUGGCCUGUCCGAAGCCGAGCAGGAGCAGAUGAGGAAGAUGCUCAACCAGAAGGAGUCCAACUACAACCGCCUGCGCCGCGCCAAGAUGGACAAGUCCAUGUUCGUCAAGAUCAAGACCCUGGGCAUCGGCGCCUUCGGCGAGGUCUGCCUCACCCGCAAGGUGGACACCGGCGCCCUGUACGCCAUGAAGACCCUCCGCAAGAAGGACGUGCUCAACCGCAACCAGGUGGCCCACGUCAAGGCCGAGCGCGACAUCCUGGCCGAGGCGGACAACGAGUGGGUGGUGCGCCUGUACUACUCCUUCCAGGACAAGGACAGCCUGUACUUCGUGAUGGACUACAUCCCCGGCGGCGACAUGAUGAGCCUGCUCAUCCGCAUGGGCGUGUUCCCCGAGGAGCUGGCGCGCUUCUACAUCGCCGAGCUGACGCUGGCCAUCGAGAGCGUGCACAAGAUGGGCUUCAUCCACCGCGACAUCAAGCCCGACAACAUCCUCAUCGACCGCGACGGGCACAUCAAGCUCACCGACUUCGGCCUGUGCACCGGCUUCCGCUGGACUCACAACUCCAAGUACUACCAGAAAGGAAGCCACGUGAGGCAGGACAGCAUGGAGCCCAGUGACUUCUGGGACGACGUGUCGAACUGCCGCUGCGGCGACCGUCUGAUGACGCUGGAGCAGCGGGCGAUGCGGCAGCACCAGCGCUGCCUGGCCCACUCCCUGGUGGGCACGCCCAACUACAUCGCCCCCGAGGUUCUGCUGCGCAAAGGAUACACCCAGCUGUGUGACUGGUGGAGUGUGGGCGUGAUCCUGUUUGAGAUGCUGGUGGGACAGCCGCCAUUCCUCGCUCCUACUCCCACAGAAACCCAGAUCAAGGUGAUCAACUGGGAGAGCACGCUGCAGGUGCCCGCCCAGGUGAAGCUGAGUCCCGAGGCGGUGGACAUCAUCAGCCGCCUGUGCUGCUCGGCCGAGGACCGCGUGGGCUCCGACGGCGCCGGCGAGAUCAAGGCGCACCCCUUCUUCGAGGAGAUGGACUUCUCCAGCAACCUGCGCCAGCAGCCGGCGCCCUACCGGCCGCGCAUCGCGCACCCCAUGGACACGUCCAACUUCGACCCCGUGGAGGAGGAGGGCGGCCCGGGCGCCUGGAGCGACAGCGGCGACGGCCGCGGGGCGUACGACACGCUCUACUCGCCGCACAGCAAGCACCCGGAGCACGCCUUCUACGAGUUCACCUUCCGCCGCUUCUUCGACGACAACGGCUGUCCGUUCCGCUACCCCAAGCCCCCCGAGGAGGGCCACGGCGGAGGUCCCGCGAGUGGCGGAGGAGGUGGUGGUGGCGGCGGUGGUGGAGGAGGGAGCGGCGGGGUAGCGGCCGGUGGGGUCGGGCCCCAAGAUGAGGCAGGGGGAGAUGAGGACGAGGAGGAUGAGGAGGAAGAGGAUGAGGACGAAGAGGAGCACGGGGAGGGAUGUGAGCCUGUAUACGUGUAGAGACGCAGUGCGCACGCCGCGCUACCAAAGGCCUCAUCACCUCACCGUGAUCAUCCAGCACCUUUCCCUAUCAUUGUUAUGUCAGGAACGGGUGUCAUUUUGUGUAUGUGUAUUUUUAUGCACGUGUGUGUGAGCGUGUGUGUGUGUGUGUGUGUGUGUGUUCUGUGUUCUAGAAAUGGGUAGAGACGGAAACAAAAAGAGAAAAUCAGGAAAUGGAGGGAGAGGGAGAAAGAGAGGGAGAGAGGAAGCUUAAGAGACUACCGGACCACCAAAAAUAUAUUUAAUUUCACUGCUCCUACCGUCAACAAUAGAACUGCACCUGUGAACAGUGAACAGCAGGUUAGAGUGCAUAGACAUUGAACCUGGGACCAAGAAAGUGCAAUCCAGAAGCAGAACUGACUUGCACAUAAGCACAGAUUCACAAAGAUCAGGUCAUUAGUAUGAAAAAAUUAGUCUUUAGAUCAGCAUUUUCGUUGUGUGUGUGGGGUGUGUAUGUGUAUGUGUGAAAAGAAUGAGAAAAACAUACUGUGUCCACACCACACAGAACCUCUGGACCUCGACCUUACUGGUCACUGCUCUGAAUACAUCUGGGGCAGUGUGUGGUCACCUUGUCCAACAUGGAUCACAUUUUCUAUGGCAAGUUCCAUUCCUUCACUCUUCAGUCUGCCUGGGAAGGCCACUUUCGAGGAGCCUUCGAAGGACCCUUAAACAAAGGACGCUAAUGCACAUCCAGAACCACUUCCUCAUCUUCUCCUGUUGUCGAUGACCGUUCCUGAUGCAGCCAUUCCAAAACAGUGGAAAAGUAACUGUGAUGUUGGGCGUCAGAGAGAAAUGAACAUUUGUGAGAUGGGGAUAGGACGAUGGAAGUUGUUGUUUUUUUGUUUUGUUUUCUAGUGCUAAUAUCGUGUCCCAUCGACGUAGGCAGAAACUGAGAGGUUGAUCCAGAUCUUGCACAGCUGAAUCUACCAAAUAUAUAUGUACACACACACACACACAUUCACAGACAUACUCACAUACUCAGACAUAUUUACUUACAUAUACAAAUACACCUUCCUAUGUUCAAAUGUUCAUAUUACCAUCAUUUUAGGUAGUAAAAGCCAUUUAUGUUUGCCAAUGUUAUGUUAACAUUGCUUCUGAAUUGUUUUGACGUUCCCAAAGGAAAUGGCUUCAAGUCACCUGAGUAAUAUUUCAAGCCAGAGGACCUAGUACGAUUGGGGUCACUUUCCUUGGCCUGCAAAAAUAUUUGUGGCUUUGAAAUGCCAGCCAUUUUGAAUGUUUGUUUGACACCCUCUGGUGGACGAAAGAGGCAUGAUUUUGUACAGUUGGCUGACUUUGUGAGCAAAACAAACCUCAUAUGAAAGACUGACACUCACUAUGUUUUUUGUUUUUGAUGUGCAGUCUCCAUUAAGAUCAGAUGGUAUUCACUAAGAAACCAAAUGUAAUCGCAGUGUUCAACACUUCCCUGAACUGAAAAGCAUUUUUUUUAGUUUGUCACAUAGGCCUACCACAAAAAAAAAAAAACCCAUCCUCUCCACAUGGUUGGAGUUCUACAGAAUUGUUUAUUCUCAUUUUAGGUCACUGUUCAUUCUACUCAUCUGUCUGAGAUCCUAGUUUCUGUUACUUUCACGGGCUACAUGUUAAAGCAUAGGCCUCUAUAAAAAUGUACUUUUGCCUAAACGUUGAGGAUUACACUAAUAAUUGGCCUCAGAAACACUCAUAAACACCUGACAUGGCUAGAGAGCCUGUCUUGUUCAACCUUGGAUGUGUUUUGACCUCACAAGCACUGUUAUACCACAGCCUUGCUUAGUGUGCUAACAUGCUAACCACCUUAGGCUAAAACUUUCAUCAUCCACACUAUGACAGUAUUAAGGAUGGGAGGUGCAGUUGUAAAACCGCCAAUAGAGAAAAACAUUUAUCUCUUUAUCAGGCAGUCAUAAAAGAUGUGAUGAAGCAAAGGAAAGGCAGACAAAGAGUUUCUGAAAUUGUAUGUGAUGGUAUGACUAUGUGCAAUACAGAUAAGAAAAACAAUAUAUUAUAGUUUUCUAAACACAACAAAUAUCCUUUUUUACGUUUAAUAACUGAAAUACAAUAUGUACAAAUACAUAUUAUAUUGGUUUUUAUAUAUUUUCAAUGUAGUUAGGCCUACAUGACCCAAUGCUGCUUAUUAUUUGUUAUUAAUAUUAUUAUUGACAUUAUCAUCAUUAUUUCAUGUUACCCUUGUUUCUCCUUUCUUUCUGUGUGUGUGUGUGUGUGUGUGUGUGUGUGUGUGUGUAAAGCGUGGAUGCGAUUGGCCGUAUGUUUGGGUUGGAUGUUGCAAAGUGUGUGCCUUCUCAUUGAAUGUGUGUGUGUGCGUGUGUUACCACGUGACGGAUCAGUAUUGAAUAAAGAUGGAAACUCCACGCAAACCAGGCCGGCCCUGCUUGCGUGAGAGGAAGUCAGAUAGAGAGAGGGCGGGAAAUAAAAUCGAUAGAGGGAAAUAAAAAAAAGAGUAAAAGAAUGAGAGAGGAAUAGAAUUGUUGGGGAGCAUGCAAGUAGGAUUUUAGUAUAUCAAACCUAUAUGACUAUUUUUUUUUGCUAUAUACUUUUCUUUCCAGACAAACCAUUAAAUCAGAUGUGGCCACACAAUUUAAACUUUUGUCCCAUGCCGGCUCGAUAUCAAAGUCAGGUUUUGUGGUGAAAUAGGUUUUUUUGAAUAUUUUCAGUGAACGAGAGCGCAUUCUUCACAUUUUAUUUACGAUUGCAUGGUGAUGACUCCUCCAAAUGUUGACAAUCAUCCCUGCACUUCACACACUGUCUGUUGUGUCACCAGAUUAACAUACCGGCCAAUAAUAUUGAUCUUGUCUUUUCUCCAACAACUGGCACACUGACUUAGAUGUGUGAGGGGGGGACAAGCCAAACUAUUUUUGUCUGUUGUUUUAGCUCCAUUAUCUAUACAAACAUGUAUUUGGGACACAAUAAGUGUGAAAGGUGCAUCACAGGCAAAACCAGGUGGUUAUGGGCCACUUUGAUAAAUGUACAAGAGAAAAUCAAUUUUUUUGGAACAAAAUGUGUUUCUCUGACAGCAAGUUUCUAGAAAAUUCUUCCAGUCAGACAUUCUCUGUGUAGGGCUCAGCAGUAUGAGAGUAAUUCUCACCUAGCAGACAUUCAUCAUAAUGGAUUAUAUAAUUGGUGAAAAAACUUACAAUGACAAGAGCAAAGCUUUAGCCUAUGAAAGUAAUUCUCUUUAGCGAGUCAGAAACGUGUGUGUUUGUGUGUGGUUGUGUGUGUUGAUGGGUGGGUUUCUUGUAAUUUACUUUGUGUUGACAAUCUAUGACUGACUUGAUAUCUUACUUCCUUCUGUUUGAUGAUGUGAUUUUUUUCCUACUUAGUGUACCUUUUGUAUUUUUACUCUGGGGUGGGACUGUUCUAUGACUCAUCUGGUCUUCCUUAAUGUAUUAUACCACACUGUUACUCUUGAAUAUAUAUUUAUACAGAUAUACAUAUUUUUUGUAUCUUAUUCUUUUUUUUCCUUUUCCUGAGCUAACUUUUAAACCUCCAGUAUUACAUACAGCAUACAAUUUGAUUUAUAUUUCCUUUUUUUACAUUUAUGUAUGAAUUGAGAAUUUGUAAAAAUGCUUUCACUGUCCUCACUGUGUAAAAUAUAUGUUUAAAUUAAAUUAAUAAAUCCUC